GCAAGGCUCCGGCGCGCGGCGCCCAGCGGUGCGCGGCGUGCGGCGGCGCUCACGACAAGGCGGGAUGCCAAUUUGCACGUUACGUGUGCCGGGUAUGCAAUAGACAGGGGCAUUUAAAGCGUAUGUGCCCGAAUAUGGCGGAGCAAUACGAAGUGCAUGCCAACACUGUGAUGAAGGACGAUAAUAUGUUCAGUGAAGAUAGUGAUGAGUUCCAGAUUCUCUGAAGUGUUUGCGGACGGCCUGGGGCGGUUCAACGGUGGCAAGGUCAGCAUCCACCUGCGCGCGGAUGCCCGGCCCAUGUUCCUGCGCGCGCGGCCGCUGGCGUACGCGCUGCGCGAGCCAGUGGAGCGCGCGCUGGACCAGCUGGUGCGCGACGGCGUGCUCACCCCCGUCGACCGCUCCGACUGGGCCACGCCUAUCGUGCCGGUGGUAAAAAAAGACGGUAACAUACGUAUCUGCGCUGAUUUUAAAUUGACCUUGAACCGGGUUUUGGAGGUUGAUCGUUACCCGCUACCUAGGGUGGAGGAUUUAUUGGCACGCCUGCACGGGGGAGAACGGUUUAGUAAGAUUGAUCUGUCGCAGGCCUACGCACAGUUUGAGCUGGAUGAGUCAAAAAAAUAUACGGUAAUAAAUACGCACAAGGGUUUAUUUAUGUAUAAUCGCUUAGUAUACGGUCUAUCAUCUAGCCCUGGAAUAUUCCAAAGACAUUUGGAACAAUUAUUUUCUGACCUGCCGCACGUGGGCGUAUUUUUAGAUGAUGUCAUUAUUACUGGUAGCAAUACGAAAGCUCACGUAGACAACUUAUAUAAAGUAUUUGAGCGAUUGCAGGCGUACGGGUUGCGGGUACGGUGCUGGGUGCCGAAGGUUCACGGAGAUACACCUUGGAUAGCGGUAGCGGUAAACCUAUUCUUAGGCAUAUUGAUCAGAUCAGACGCAGAUCUAGGUUAUCGACUGUACCCUGCCCUGAGGAACUCAGCGAGACUAGAGAGCGGUCGUCAGGGAAUGAGGACGGAGUCGCGCGCUCUAGCCAGCAGACGGAAGUGGGCGAGGAAAACGCACAACCGGGUCAAAACGAGGAAGUAA